AUGAUAUACUCAGUACACGCGGUAUAUAAUAAAACACGGUAUAUUCCCUACGAGAUGUCCCCAAGGAGAGCCUUUAAAGGAGGUGAUAAAAGACAUUUUCCCAUACUUUCUUGCAAAGCAUGUAGAUCUUUUGGAUACGGUGUUCUUCGUUUUAAGGAAGAAGGAAAACCAAGUAACAUUUCUUCAUGUUUAUCACCAUAG